UAAGAUGGCGGCAGUUUUACUUCCUGUGUAGGAACGAAAGAAAUGUCCUAGUUCUGUUGUCGCAAACGCACCAACGUUAUAGCCUUCACUAACUAGCUGUCCUUAUCUUCAUUUGAGAAAUAUGGGGUCUUUAUUUAGCAAAAAGAAAGAACCUGAAAAACCAAAGAUCACUGAACAGGAUAAAGCAAUUCUGGCAUUGAAACAGCAGAGGGACAAGCUGAAGCAAUACCAGAAAAAGGUGCUAAAUAAAACACAGGCUGCAAAGCAAACUGAUUUUGGAACUAGUUACCCCUUGGGAAAGCUGGCAUUGAAACAGCAGAGGGACAAGCUGAAGCAAUACCAGAAAAAGGUGCUAAAUAAAACACAGGCUGCAAAGCAAACUGAUUUUGGAACUAGUUACCCCUUGGGAAAGCUUAAAGCAAAGUUACUCCUUAAAAAGAAAAGAUACCAGGAGCAGACCCUUGAAAGGACAGACAACCAGUUGGACAACUUAGAAAAAAUGGUCCAAGAUGUUGAGUUUGCUCAAGUUCAAAUUCAAGUGGCAGAUGGACUAAAGCAAGGAAAUGAGGCACUUAAAAAAAUGCAUGAGAUAAUGUCAAUAGAAGAUGUGGAGAGAAUAAUGGAUGAAACCAGGGAAGGAAUUGAAUACCAGAGGGAAAUUGAUGACCUUUUGAGUGGAAGUUUGACCCAGGAAGAUGAAGAUGCCGUGUUACAAGAACUCGAGGAAAUGACACAGUCUGUGACAGAGAAUCUUCCAGAAGUACCAACAGAACCAUUACCAGAAGUGCCCACAAAAGAACCUGGGGAGAAGAGACCACAGAAGGAAAGGGUAGCUUCGAGAGAAGCUGAGAUGGUGCCAGCUUAGACAUCAUGCUAUAAGCUGAUUAUUCCAGUAAAUAAAUUUGUUCAUGGCUGGUACAAUAAGCAGAUCACUAAUGGCUUGCAACCUAUAAACUACACCUGUAGCCCAUAGUCUGUCGCCUGUGCUAUGCAUGCUACACACAAGCCAUACCCAGCACCCUAGGUGUUCAACCAGUGGCAUAUUAACAGCCUGUGUUGUAAGAUAUGGUAUGUUGCAAGCAACUUGUGAUCUAUGAAACAGGACCUGUAACAUGUGAAAUGCAACCUGUUUAAUAUACCAGUCAUCUUAUUUGGAUUGCAUCUAAGAGAGAGGAGUAUUUUUUCUCAUAAUCAAAAUAAAGUCUUAAGAAGCCAAAUACCAUCUACAAUAAGUCUUGUAGUUAGCAUCAAAUAACUUUUAAUUUUAAUGUGUGUUUUCGAGCAAAAAUGUUGAUUGGAAAUUGUAUCACAAGAGAGAGUGGUAUUACAGAAAGUUCACUUGGUCUUGAAAGGACCAAGACUCUAGCCUUUACAGUAGCCUUUUCUUAAAAAACCACGAGCAGAAUAUAACCUGAGAAAAAAAUAAUAUUGUCAAGUAUAGUCAUGUAGUCUGUUAAAGAGCCUGCCCCUAUCCUGAAUCCAAAAAAAAAGCAGCUUUCUGCACGUAUUGCAUGCCUGUGAUACAAGCAGCAACUCAAAUUAUGUUGUAAUGAUAUACCACUAUGUUAACCUGUGUACUGUCACUGAUUGGUUAAAUUAGUGUCAAUCAAUAAGAGACUUUAAGGGACAUUUUUAUUUGUGUUAUGGUUUUCCUCACCAGCAAUGCAAGAUUAGAUAUCCUUGUAGAAUAAUGAUGUACACUUCUAACUAAACAAAGCGAUAAAUAACACAUUUUUCCCUGAUUAUUUAACUGAUAUCUAAGGUAAACCUGGUUUCUGGAUGAGCUUAGUCAAACGCUAAAUGGAUCUUUGGCAUAAAAUAGUCACACCAAACAACAUCUACUGAGGUGGAUGAGAAAAAAAGAGAAAAAAAAGGAAACGUUCAGCUUUAGUGGUUGAAGUCACUUUGUUUUGUAGACGCUAGCAUUCUUUUGCCACCCAGCAUGGUAGAUUUGGUAGGCACCAGGGAGCAAAGAAAGCAAAUUUUCGGGCUUGCCCUCUGGGCAAGUUCUAAAAAAGUUAUGGUGAACUAGCCAGAACAUCCUUAUCACCAGUGCCAAAAAAGUUCAUCUCAAGAGUUCUUCAAUCUGUAAUUUGAAUAAUUUUAUCCUCAAAAACUUUCCUCAAGAAACUUCAAUUGCCCAUCGGGCAAGUGAUGGACAGAAUCCACUAACUUGACUAGAACAUCCAAGAGCCUUCUAGGCUGUCGAACAGUACUUUCUUUGCACACUGGGUACCAUAUGACAUGGGUACCAUGUAAUAAAGGGAAUUGUUAGAACAUAAAUCAGCAAAUCAUAGACUGGCAUGUUCAGAUCUUUAAACCUUGUUUAGACUGCUAUUUCUUUAAGAACUUUCUAAGGUUCUUUUGCAUCAUUGACCCUCUGUUCAUGUUUAAUAUUUCACUCUGACACAUGCUGCUGUUUAAGAUGGCAUAAGUAGAAUUGGCAGUUUCUUUGGUUUUUUAUAUGUUGUUACUUAUAACCUUAUUGACAAUGCUUUUUAUAAAUAAAUAUACAGGUGAAAAGUUGA